AUGACCAUGGAGAGACCGUCGAGUGUCGAUGAGGGGUUGCACAGAGUUGCUACGGAGGACAGACGUGGUCGAUUCGCAAGGCUGCGGUUGAGCAUACCAAAAGCACUCACGCCUCUGAGACGGACCAAGACAGCGAGCCGGCGUGAUGUAAGUCCAGGCUCGGAUGCGGCAUCGACCCGCGCGAUUUGCGAUGGCAUCUCGCCAUCGUUCUAUCGAAUGAAAAGAGUUUCGAAGCACCUCUGCGAGCCGUCUCCCGCGCUCAUGCAAUUUGCGACACCUGCGAACGGCGUAUCGUUCGCCCGGUCGUCUUCGUCAGAUACGAUCAGCAGUCUCUCCGAAACAGAUCGCAGUCCAGCGAGCGAGGACACAAGUCCAGCCAGCUGCAUCGAUGAGGGAAUGCCGAGCAUGGUCAGGCCUGGCAUACUGCCAGAUGUCUCACCUGACAAGCAUUCGUUCGAAGAAAAUGUCACGUUCCGCGACGAUGGCACCAUAGCCAAAUUGUGGGCAGACUACUGUGUAAAUCAGACACAGCUGAAGAGCUACGAAGCGGUAGUCGCUACGGCCGCUGCAGCUGAAUUGCUCGAACCUCGCGCUGGCGCAUCAAUCCUAACUCCAGGUCCUGUUGAAGCCGUGGACAGGUUUCCGCUGUCGCCAAGAGAGCGCAGUGACCCUUUCCAGACCGGCAUGGAAUCACCUGCGAUCGACAAAAUGUUUCAGUACAGCAGCUCAAGUCUUGAAUCUUACAAUACCAAGACUGAUAAGGCCAUGAACUCCACCAACGAGAAAGCUGCCCCAAUGCAAAUCAAGACAAACCAAGCUUCGGAGCUGGGGAAACCAUGGAAAGCAAAAAAGUCAAGUCGAGACAGCUCACACUGCGAUAACACCGCCUCAAGAUCAGAACAUAACAAUUGGAAAGAUCUCGAAUGGCAUGAAAAGCGCCGAGAACGAGGCGCCCUUGCAUCAGAGCUGUCGCUAUGGAACUUUGAUGACGCGAGCAAGAACCGUCAUAAGACCCCGUCUGCCGCAUACGGACCCAAAUGGGAAGUCUCGACUCCUACAGACCUCAGCGGCCUAGCGCAAGAAGAUGACUACUUCUCCCAGCGGAAACCAACAGGCUGCAGAUUACGAACAAGCGUUACACCGAAUCUCACGCGACAAGAGGAUAUCAUUGAACACAUCAAAGACAAAUUCCAAGCCCACCACGACGAGAUGGACGCAAGAGCCAACACGUUGUCAUACUCACGCCCUUGCACAGGCCGUCCAGGCCGCGACUUCAGCUCCGGCGAAAUUCUCGAACGCGAAAACAACUCCUUCUCCAGUGAAUUCAACCGCUCCAGAGAUAUGCGCGACAGCAUCACAGACCGCGCACUCUCCGGCUCGCCCCGGGACUCGAAGGUCUGUCGCACCACGAUCCAUGCCGAUCUCAGCCCUCCGCUGAGUAGAGGCGUAUCGAUCGGAUUGCCGGAUUGCUCGCAAGAUCCGAUGGUCAAGGCGGCGGGGUGUGAGAAGGUUAGUAGUCGCAGUGGUUCGGGUACGACGUCGAAGCUUUCGAGUCGCGGGCAGAGUUUUGGAGUGCCGGGUUACGAGCGGAAUCGGGGUGGGAAGGCGGCGGUGGAUGAGAAGCUGGCGAGCCGGGCGAGUCAGCAGCAGAGUGCGCAGGCGGGGUUGGUGAAGGUGAGGCAGAGUAAUGAGGAGACGCUACAGUUGGGUGGGAAGGAUGGAAGGUCUAACAAUGAUCAACGGUAG